UAGACUCAAAUGAACACUGAGCAGCGCUAUCAUCAUACGUCUCGAAGAAACAUGGAGGAAAUUGCUAGCAAGCUCCAAGCAGACGGCAUUCUUAAAAAAGUCAUCGCUCCUGGAAAAGGAGAGCUUUCAACCUUUCCAGAUGGGACAAAGGUGAAGUUUCAUUACCGCACUAGUCUUUGUGAUGGGACUCUGUUGGAUGACUCGAGGACAAUGGGAGGUCACUCUAAGCCAAUGGAGCUCAUACUGGGAAAGAAGUUCAAGCUUCCUGUGUGGGAGCAAGUGGUGACCACUAUGAAGGAGGGUGAAGUUGCUGAAUUUACCUGUGACAUCAAGCACACAGCUAUCUACCCUACGGUCUCAAUGUCAUUACGCAACAUCAGCAAAGGAAAAGACCCGCUGGAAGGACAGAGACACUGCUGUGGAAUAGCCCAGGUUCACUCGCAUCAUUCUAUUGGCUACCCAGACCUGGAUAAAUUGCAGGCCAAUCCCCAGCCUCUUGUUUUUACUGUGGAGUUGCUACAGGUCUUGCCCCCUGGCUCCUUCCAAAUGGAAAUAUGGGCAAUGACAGAUGAUGAGAAACUGGGAGCCAUACCGCAGAUCCAUGAAGAGGGAAAUGCACUCUUCAAGAAUGGAGACAUUGCAGGAGCUGCUGAAAAAUACUACAAUGCCAUAGCAUGCCUUAAGAGUUUACAAAUGAAGGAACGGCCGGGUGAUGAGUCAUGGAUCAAACUUGACCACAUGAUCACUCCUCUUCUCCUCAACUAUUGCCAGUGCAAACAAAUACAGGGCCAGUACUAUGAGGUUUUGGACCACUGCUCAUCUAUCAUCAAUAAGUAUGAUGAUAACUUAAAGGCAUAUUUCAAACGUGGGAAGGCACAUGCAGCUGUAUGGAAUGAGGCACAGGCGAGGGCUGACUUUGCCAAGGUGGUUCAAUUAGACCCAUCACUUGAAUCCUCAGUGGCCAAAGAAUUGAGAGCAAUGGAAGAACGCAUCCGGGAGAAACAGAAGGAGGAGAAGGGACGCUACAAGAACCUCUUCGGCUACAGUGGAAAAGCGGCUGCUGCUGCGGCUACUACAGGCUGAAACAAAGAUGACCUUUCUGAUUUUCCAAUUAUGAGGAGAGAUUCAUUUGUAAGGCCAUUGUUAAGUUGGAACACGUGCAUUUUUAUACAUUUGCCCCUCAAGUUCAUGUAUCUUGUUGUACACUUGUCGUUUUUUUCUGCAGACAUGCCCAAAGCAAACCAUAUUAUUCUCCAUUACAUCUAGUUUUGUUUUGCUGGUUAAUUGGUUAACAAUCAGUUGACUAGUAAGGAGUGCAUCAUGUUUUUACUGCAUAGUAAAAAAAAACUAAAAUCCAUUUCUCAUUGACUUACCAAAAAAAGAAGAGUUACAAAGAAAAGGAGACAACUGGAUAAUUCAGACAGUGGCAACAUUGUUUAUCAGUGGUAACUCUAAAAUAUAUGUUUUUGGUCAAUAUUGGCUCACUGCGUAAACCUAUCACCCUAUUCACUUUUUGGAUAUAGCAAGAAAUGCAUGAGACUGUGUUUUGAAAAGUGUGGUUUGAAUGAAACAAAGUUGAAUGAAGACAAUCUAAUGCCAAUCUGUUUAAGCAGCAUUUCUACCACUAUAUCCCCCAUCCCUUAGUAUUUAUUGUUUUGUUUUUUACGUUAUUGCUGUUACACUCACUGUUAAUUGUAGUCUUUGUAUGUAUGCUACAUUUUUAAUAUAAUGAAAAACUAAAGAAAUAAGAAUGGAAUAUGUAAUACUAUGUUAGCACUGACAACACAUGGGAAAGAUUUCACUUUGCCAUCAAAGCUGAAAGAAAUACUCUCCUUUAUGUAAUUCACAAUUAUGUCCAUGUAUGUCACUACAAAUAAACUUUUUUUAAA